ACAAACCUUCCUAAACCUUUUAUAUUCUAUUGGGAAUAUGGUAAAUGCACACUAAUUCACAAUGCUCUCGUUUCCUUUACGCUAACUCCUCCGAAUCUUUCUUUUUUUGCUUUUGCAUUACUAUAAAUAAUCAACAAGACACCAUUUCUUUUCAUUCAACAAAUAAGCAUCUCCUUCUCUAAUUCGGAUCAUCCUUCUCAAAGCUUAUUCGUUUCGUUUCAUCUCAUUCUAGAUAUGGCUCAGACCGUUGUCCUCAAAGUUGGUAUGUCAUGUCAAGGCUGCGUUGGUGCCGUCAAUAGAGUCUUGGGCAAAAUGGAAGGGGUUGAGUCAUUUGAUAUUGAUAUCAAGGAGCAAAAGGUGACAGUGAAAGGUAAUGUUGAGCCUGAAGCAGUUUUCCAAACAGUUUCAAAGACUGGAAAGAAGACUUCUUUCUGGCCGGUGGAGGCUGAGAUUGAGCCAAAAGCAGAGGCUGAGCCAAAGGCCGAGGCUGUGACUGAGACUAAAACCGAGGCUAAGACUAAGACUGAGGCUAAGGUUGAUGUUGAAUCAAAAGUGGCAGAAGCCGAGACUAAGCCAUCACAAGUUUAAGUAUACUAAAGCUGAAAAAGAAGGCUAAUCUACCUUUACAACGCUUCUUUAUAUUUUGUUUGUGUGUGUUCUUGUAAGAACUGCUUUCUCUAAAUACCUAAUAUUUUUAUGUUAUUAUGUACACCUUUUUCAACCUUUGAUAAGAAGAUGUUGGACCCAUGUUGGUCCGACUUUCUUUUAUUAUAA